AUGGCUACCCCUACUCUUGCUACCCCAGAAAAGGUGCAUGCUGCACCCAAGACAGAGGUCAAACACAAAAGCGGAGACCACUUGUUGGAGUAUCCUUUGGUACGCGACUGCCACGAUGCUGUGGCCUUGUCUACUCUAGGCAAGCCAGCUACAGAAGCGCUUUGCCAUGUUUACGCCAAAACUAAAAACACCCAGCCGUUCAAGUUUUUUUACGACCACGGCGACAAGUCCUGUGAAGCGUGCUUGGACCACGUGGACGCUUGGGCGCCUUCGCUCAAGACCAUGGAGUGCCACGACUUGACGGAUCCCAUAGUACGCCCGAUCGAGGCGACCCACUUGGCCUUUGUCAAGAGCGUGGUGCAGCCAGUGCUGCAAAAGACGAACGACGUGCGGUUGGCGGUAAACUCGUACUUGCAGGAUAAGGACGGAAAGUGCUUUGUGGCAUCGGUGACACAGCCGGUGAUGAAGCCUUGCAACUCGGUGUUGACGAGUUUCACAGGCAAGGUGAAGCAGCUCCACAGUUCCAAGGGCGAGAGCAAGACUGCAGACUUUUCCAAGGUGGGCAAGGUGUUUCUGUUUGUGAAGGCAAAGCGUGCCGGCUCGGCUUUGGCUAAAGUGGACGAGACGGCAGAGGAAGCUGGAGAAGCCUCUGAAGGCCAGGCUGAAGAAGCAGCCGAGGGUGAAGAAGGACCACUGGGCUCAGAAGCUGCUCCAAAAAAGGCCGUUACUGAAACCGCCACCAUCUGA